ACUCUCUCACCGCACAAAAGGCACGGACCCGGCGAUCAUAAACCUCCAAUCUCCAAAUAACCUCCUGUCUAAAACCAUCAUCUCUGCAAUUCUACACUCGCGAUACCCUCAAAUCCUCAAAAGCACACAUACAAAACCUCAUAAUGGCCUCAACGAACUACAAGGAGGCAUUUGCCCUCUUCGACAAGCGCGGUAACCAGCGCGUACAGCUCGAGUCGCUCGGCGAUCUGCUGCGCGCGUGCGGACAGAACCCGACAUUGUCGGAGAUCAGGGAUUUGGAGAAGAAUGUUGGGUCGGAUUUCGAUUUCGAGACCUUCUCCAAGAUCCUCAACCGCCCCGGCGGAUUCCGCGACCCAGGCGAGCCGGAGGAGUACUGCCGCGGCUUCCAGGUCUUCGAUAAGGACAUGACGGGAUUUAUCGGCGUUGGACAGCUUCGCUACAUCUUGACCAACUUGGGAGAGAAGAUGAGCGACGAGGAGGUCGAUGAGCUGCUCAAGGCUGUGGAUACGAGCAGUGGGGAGAUCAACUACACUGAUCUCGUGAGGACAGUAUUGGCGAACUAGAUGGGCGUAUGAUGGGGAUUAGGAGAGUUGCAUGAGGUUACGAGAUGCAUGACACGAUUAGCUGGGCUUUGCUGUCGUUCACUUUGUACAAUGGACCGGCCGGACGGACGGAGGAGGGAAGUCGUUUCGAUAGUUUUUGCCUUAUUGCGGCUCGCAUCAUAGAGCAAUCGAUUGACUAGAACAAAACUGUGC